CAGUGUAAUGUGAAAGGGACGCCUAGUGUUUAUCUCGCUCUCUCUGGUCUGGACCCUCCCCCGCACUCAUCGGCGGUAGGUGUAUAUAUGGGGAGAGCAGGAUAGUGUUAUUCGUUUCCGCGGUCCCUUGUUUAUCCGGCUGCACACCGCAAUCUGCAGCGGAGCUGAGGAUGAGCGACCAGGGAAAGGGUUCGGCAUCCACUCCUACAGGGGCCCUAGCGCCGGGGUCGGAUACGUACAAAGGCUGGCUUUUUAAAUGGACUAACUAUUUGAAAGGGUAUCAACGCCGAUGGUUCGUCCUCAGCAAUGGCCUUCUGUCGUAUUACAGGACUCAGGCAGAGAUGGCCCAUACAUGUCGUGGCACUAUCAACCUGGCCACAGCCCAUAUCGACACGGAGGAUGCCUGUAACAUUGUCCUGAGCAGCGGCGGUCGCACCUACCACCUGAAGGCCAGCACUGAGGUGGAGCGCCAGAGAUGGGUCACAGCGCUGGAGCUGGCCAAGGCUAAAGCCAUCCGCAUGAUGAACGACCAGUCUGGCUGUGGGAAAAGCCUGGGAGGGCCUUUCUUCUUCACAUUUAACCAUGACUGGCAGUAG